CUCUGACUCUCUCGCCAACGCUAGUGUUGUAAUCUCCUUGCCUUUCAUCUUGCCAGGUCAUCAUCAACCAUGGCGAAUGUCCGCCAGGAUGGUACAACCAGGGCUUGUAAAUGUCUCAAUAUUCGAAUAGAUUCCAAGCAACCGCCACCGCAGAGCACGCCUCCAGAUUUUCUCAAGGACAGUGCAACAGAUUCUGACUAUACACUGAUGUAUGUUGGUCAAGACGGUCUCGACGUUGCCCAUCCUCAGGUGACGAUGAGAACACGUACAAUGGGUCCCUCUCUGGGCGAUACAAAUCGAUGCAUCCGGUAUACGACACUGACUUGUUUAUUGUGUCAGACCCUCGCAUAUCGUGUGCAGCAGUUGGUCCCAUUGGAUGUGGAAGGCCAAGAGGGACCAUUACUUCCAACUUAUGAUUGGGUCGAGCAAGACAUACUGAUGAGUAGUUGCGGCUGGAUUGAGGUACACGCUGAGUGCCUGGGUCCUGAUGCCGUCUUCAGGCUCCUGUCGUCAACGACAUAUUCCUCAAUUUUCAAUGUUGCUGUGCCACCAGGUGCCUCCAAGCCCUGUGCGCAGCCCUCUUACAUCACCUCCACUGACGUGUCGCGCCCUCGAGUACUUUCUGAGCCCAUAUUGUCAAAUUUGCGUCCCUUGUUUCCACCCGCGCCCUUUAUACCUUCACAUCCCGUUUUUGCUCACCUGUCGUCCAUAGCCACAUCCAAGUCACAGGGUCUAAGAUCGUCCGCUGAGGAACAGUUCACUGCUCUUAUACGGGAUAAAGUCGCUGAAAUUGAGAAGGCUGAGGAGGAUUUGAAAAGAGCCGUGGAGAGUCUCUGGAAAAGAUUUCUCGAGAGCUUAGGUCAGACGGAGAAGGAUUGGGGCGCGUCCGAUGUCGCUAAGCGGAGGGAUUCUACAAGAAAGCCCAAUAUCAACAAUGUAGUGGGGCCGGCCGUUGGUUCACCGGUGGUUUCCGUACGGGACUUCGUGCCUGUCGUCAGCCCCGGCAGAAUGGUUUCCCCUGCGUCAUCGAUACCAAGAGUAUCUUCGCUCUCUGCUUCUCUUGCGACUUCGGCAUUUCACCAUCCUCGUGCCCUUCAGGAACGAAAUACUCAUUCUGGACAGGCAAGCGAUAUUCCACGGUCGCCGCCGCCUUAUUCAUCCCAUCCGUCAUCUGUCGGCUCUGCUGACAGUCGGUCACUGUCGUCCUCUAUUUCGUCUAGAGAACUACUGCCACUGACGACAGGUGAGAGUCUGAUUCAGCCAUUUAAACGCAGCAUGGACGAGGCUCGGGAUACGGCUGCGAGCUUCCGAUAUUUCAUAGAUAUGGAAGCUGAGAUGGAAAUUAUGCGCGGACGUCAGCGACUCCCAGCAACCGGAACGACCGAUACAGAGACGUGGAAAGCGACUACGCAACCGAGUAACGCUUCCACUUCCGCCAGGGCACCCGGCGACGAAGAGAACAAGCUGAAGGGAGUUAAAGAGGGCCGAUUGCAGAAGCCAGAUCAUGGCAAGAAUGGCAACGAGUCGAGGGGGAAGCGCAAGGUGACAUUUGACAUUAAACCAGACACGUUGAUAGCCGACGGGCCAAAUCCGGAGAAAAAUGGAAGCAGUCAAGGACGCGAUGUGCAAGACAUGAUAUUUGAUCUGGAUGGUGAAAGCAGUGAUCGGGAUUCUUCAGACGCAGCUCCUGUCCUUCCAUUCAAAGAGACUCUACACAUUCCCCGACGCCGUGCACGCCUCCGUAACAACACGAACCAUAUUGGCCUACCAACAUCUCUAUCGUCAUUGAGGCCGACCUCAUUACCCGCCUAUGCUUCUCUUCAAGCCCAGAUAACUAAACAGGACUCGACAUUUAGAACACAAGCCCCAACCUCUGAACAGUUGCACACUGAAUGUAUCCGACCCACCAUUGAAGCUAAGGCUCCUGAUCCCCAAGAACAUGAAAUUUUGAAGUUGGUUGCCGCUGAUACCCCGAGUCACAGAGGCGCUUGGAAGCCCAAUAGCAGAGCGUGGCAGUUGUUUGUCAGUAGACAAGGUGGCAAGAACGGCUCGGCUGGGGCGUUCAUACCGGAGGAGGUUGAAGUCGGUGUCACUGUUAGUGACACCGAUGACAGUGACGAUAUAACUUCGGGAAUCCCGGGGUCGUUGCCCAUCAGUAUUGGGCCAUUAUCACGCAAGCGAGAACCUCUAUCAUUGGCGUCAUAUCAGCCAAAGACAUCCCUUCCUGACCGUGCUAGUGCCAUGGUGCCCCCUUUGCCAAAUAUGGUUGGCAGGCAUUCCACUUCUUCUUUGCGCAAAGCUUCGUAUGCCGCUCGUGAUCGUGACCGUUCCAUGGACCCCGGAACGCUGGACUUUGUCUCGCCAGAUGACGAGGGUGACGAGGAUGACGAGAGUGAUGACGAACCUUCUCAAAUGGACCCUCCUGAUGAAGCACGGGGCAGACAGCGGGCGUUCAAGAUCCUUGAAGCCCGAAGUAAACUUCCAGCGGCUGGAAUGUGGAGAAGCCUGGCAUAAGACCACUUCAAGUUGGUGAUCUACAUUAUUCUUUCAAUAAUUGCCGUGCUUCAUCUACUUUGCACCUUGAUAACCUACUUGUACCAAUACCGUUUGUUGUACAUGGUACGGAUGUUUUGGCGUGCAUUGAAAUUCAUCUUAGUUUCUUUUCCUGCGAUCGCAGAUGUAUUGUUCAAUGGAUGAGUACUUACAUUUGUAACCAUAAAUGGAAGUUCCGCC